CCCAGAUAGCCAGCGCGCGCGGUCUCUGUUGUUUCGCGUCGAGGCCAACUCACAGUCUGUCAUUCAACAUCCCUUUUCUCGUCAUCCCCUCCCCUCCAUCUCCACACGCUCCUUACAAACAUCUCCAACAUGGCCGACUCCUACUACGAAGAACAGCCCAUCUCCCCCUCACAGAACGCCGACCAGCUUUCCGCCAACGGCUAUGGCGACGAGAGGGUCGCAUCUCCCGCGGCCAGUGGUCCCAUUUCGCCCAAUGGCUACCCCGAGGAACCAUCCCCUGUUGCUGUCGCAGCUCCCGCGAGAAAGAAGCUGUCCAGCUGGGUUGGUUUCAGCAACUUGCCCAACCAGGUGCACAGACGGAGUGUCAAGCGAGGAUUCCAGUUUGUAGCCAUGGUCGUUGGUGAAUCCGGUCUCGGUAAAUCAACCCUGAUCAACACCCUCUUUGAAACAAAACUCUACCAGCCCAAGCAGGUUCCCGCACCUGGGACUGACAGGGGAAAGACAGUCAACAUUGAGAGCAUCUCUGCUGAGAUUGAAGAGAAUGGCGUGAGGCUCAAGUUGACUGUGGUCGACACACCAGGUUUCGGUGACUUUGUCAACAAUGACGAGAGCUGGAAGCCUAUCGUUGAGAACAUUGAGGGUCGAUUUGAUGCCUACCUCGAGCAGGAGAACCGCGUGAACCGAUCAAAGCUCACUGACAACCGAGUCCAUGCCUGUCUCUAUUUCAUCCAACCCACAGGUCACUCUCUCAAGCCUAUCGAUAUCGAGUUCAUGAGGCGCCUGCAUACCAAGGUCAACCUCAUUCCCAUCAUUGCCAAGGCCGAUACCAUGACCGAUGACGAGAUCGCUGCCUUCAAGCAAAGAAUCCUCGCGGACAUUGUGCACCACAACAUUGACAUCUUCCAGCCCUUCCAGUACGAGAAUGAAGAUGAGGAGACCAUCCAGGAGAACGAGGAGAUCGUUAGCAAGGUCCCCUUCGCCGUCGUCGGUUCCGAUUCUCUCGUCCAAGCUCCCGAUGGCCGUCAAGUCCGAGGCCGAGCUUACCCCUGGGGUAUCAUCGAAGUCGACAACGAGGAGCACUGCGACUUUGUCAAACUCCGUCAGAUGCUUGUGAGGACUCAUAUGGAGGAGUUGAGGGAGCACACCAACGACGUGCUGUAUGAGAAUUACCGAACGGACAAGCUUAGGGCUAUGGGUGUUCAGCAGGAUGAGAGCGUUUUCAGGGAGACCAACCCUGCUGCCAAGCAAGCCGAGGAACGAGCUCUCCACGAGGCCAAACUCGCCAAGAUGGAGGCCGAGAUGAAGAUUGUCUUCCAGCAAAAGGUGCAGGAGAAGGAGUCCAAGCUCAAGCAGUCUGAAGAGGAGCUCUACGCCCGUCACAGGGAGAUGAAGGAUGCUCUGGAGAAGCAGAGGCAGGAGCUGGAGGAUAAGAAGAGAAGGAUUGAGAGUGGUCGACCUUUGACCCCUGAAAAGGGAUCGCAGAAGAAGCGUUUCGGCCUCGGCAAGUAGACUGAUUGGCCAGCCGUUCCUGCGUAUCUGUACCGCCCAUCGCUGCCUGUUUACGAUCUUGUUUUAACGCCCGUCGCCAUGUGUAUAACGUUUUCUUUCUCUCGUUUUCUUUGCCUUCGCCUCGCAUAAUCUCGGGAUAUCGUGUCCAGAUCUCUCCCCUUUUCCCUUCAGUUCACCGCGUAUACCCCCUUUGAGGAUUCUCUCCUGUGACGUUACUUUCUAUCUCUCAUGAUCACUCUAUCCGUUACUUUCCCAUCAACCUCACAAACACCCUUACAGGAUUCUCCUACGGCUCUGUGUGAUAACUUCUUUGGUGUGCAUGCAGCUUCACCUAUCUUGUC